AUGGGGUCCCCGUGGCUGCUGCUGCUGCUGCCCCUGCUGUGUGGGGGGCUCCAGCAGGAGGACCAAGGGUACCAGCUAAACCUGAAGGAGCAGGUGGUGGUGGUGCAGGAGGGGCUGUGUGCCUCCGUGUCCUGCUCCUUCAUCAUCCCCAGAUCUUAUCAGUUCUAUCCACUCACUGUCUACUGGUUCCGGGGAGGGGAUUCACACAGGGAUGAUCCUGUGGCCACAAACGACCAACAGAGACAGGUGAAGAGAGAGGCCUUGGGCCGAUUCCGCCUGCUUGGGAACCCCAGUGACCACAACUGCUCCCUGGGCAUCAGACGUGCUAGACACACAGACCAGGGCAUCUACUUCUUCCGAGUGGAGCAAGGGAAUGUGAGAUACAACUAUAAGGCCACGAUGCUGCAAGUGCUGGUGACAGCACUCACAGAGAAACCUGCCAUCCACGUGGCUGAACCACUGGUGUCGGGCCACCCAGGGCGCCUCACCUGCAGCCUGCCGGGAGCCUGUGAAACAACAUCCCUCCAGUUCUCCUGGGCAGGAGAGAUGCUCGGCCCCUCCCCACCCACCUCUGCAGAGCUCAGCCUCACCCCGGGACCCAGGGACCACGGCAAAAACCUCAGCUGUCAAGUGAGACUCCUGGGAACUCUGAGAACCACGGAGACGACCAUCCGCCUCCACGUGUCCUCCUCCACAGUGCCCCCAGAGCCCUUCGCCUCCUCUGGACACCACGACCCCCAGGACAUGGACUGUGAGCCCCCGGAGCAGCGGGGCUCCUGGCCCCUGGUGCUCACGCUGAUCCGGGGCUCCCUCAUGGGGGCCGGCUACCUCCUCACCUAUGGCCUCACCUGGGUCUACUACAGCAGGUCCUCGAUGGAUGCAUCCGACGCUAGCAGAGACCGACCCACCCACACUGGCUCUGCCCUGGCAGGUGCAGACAUGGGGUUCCCAUGGCUGCUGCUGCUGCUGCUGUUGUCCCUGCUGUGUGGUGGGCUCCAGCAGGAGGACCAAGGGUACCAGCUAAACCUGAAAGAGCCGGUGUUGGUGGUGCAGGAGGGGCUGUGUGCCUCCAUGUCCUGCUCCUUCAUCAUCCCCAGAACUUAUCAGUUCUAUCCACUCACUGUCUACUGGUUCCGGGAGGGGGAUUCACACAGGGAUGAUCCUGUGGCCACAAACGACCAACAAAGACAGGUGAAGAGAGAGGCCUUGGGCCGAUUCCACCUGCUUGGGAACCCCAGUGACCUGAAGUGCUCCCUGGGCAUCAGACGUGCUAGACACACAGACCAGGGCAACUACUUCUUCCGAGUGGAGCAAGGGUAUGUGAAAUACAACUACAAGGCCACGAUGCUGCGUGUGCUGGUGACAGCACUCACAGAGAAACCUGCCAUCCACGUGGCUGAACCACUGGUGUCGGGCCACCCAGGGCGCCUCACCUGCAGCCUGCCGGGAGCCUGUGAAACAACAUCCCUCCAGUUCUCCUGGGCAGGAGAGAUGCUCGGCCCCUCCCCACCCACCUCUGCAGAGCUCAGCCUCACCCCGGGACCCGGGGACCACGGCAAAAACCUCAGCUGUCAAGUGAUACUCCUGGGAACUCUGAGAACCACGGAGACGACCAUCUGCCUCAACGUGUCCUAUCCCCCACAGAACCUCACCACCCACAUCUCCUUCGAAGCCACCUCAGUCCUGAAGAUCAAGAAAUCCACCUCAGCCCUAUCAGUUCUGGGGGGCCAGACGGUGUGGCUGCUCUGUGGAGCUGACAGCAACCCCCCUGCAGAGCUGAGCUGGUUUCCCAGGUCCCCAGGCCUGAAGGCCACCACCCUCUCCACCAACACGGCCAAGCUGGAGCUGAGGCUUCCAGAGACCACAGAAGAUGCGGAGUUCAACUGCCAUGCUCAGAACCCUCUGGGCUCCCGGAACGUCUCUCUCAGGCUGUCUGUGCUCUCCCCUCUGCAGCUGCUGGGCCCCUCCUGCUCCUGGGAGGCCCAGGACCUGCGAUGUAGCUGCUCCUCCUGCGCCCGGCCCGCCCCUGCCCUGAGCUGGUGGCUGGAUCAGCGGCUGCUGCCGGAGAACCGCAGCAACGCCUCCUUCCAGGUCACCUCCAACACCGAGGAAUACUGGGCCAACAGCUCCCUGAGCCUCCGGAAGGGGUUCGGCGCCGGCCUCCCGGUCCGUUGCGAGGCCCGGAAUGUCCAAGAGAGGCAGAGCGCCUGGGUCCUGCUGCAACCAGAGCCCCGCUCCUGCAGCUGUGAGCCCCCGGAGCAGCAGGGCUCCUGGCCCCUGGUGCUCACGCUGAUCCGGGGCGCCCUCAUGGGUGCCGGCUACCUCCUCACCUAUGGCCUCACCUGGGUCUACUACAGCAGCUCAGGACUCAGCUGGGGAGUGGAUCCCUAG